UGCGGCUAAAGAGACAGCCACAAUGGACGGCAUCAAGACUUAGCCAAAAACAUGGUUACCAUCCAAAGUUCCGAUGUUGUGGUGCCCUCCGAGAUUACGCCAACUUCAAUCUCCUCACUCUCCCUCUGCGACCAAAUCAAGCUUCCCAACCACGGAUCUCAGCUCUAUAUCUACUCCAACACACGCAUCACCGAUGAUUCAUCCUUCGCUUCUGCGAUUCACACUCUCUCAACCUCUCUCAGCAAAACCCUCACUGUCUUCCACCCUUUAGCCGGUCGCUUGAGCCGGAUCCACGGUGGCCGCCUCCAGCUUCUCUGCAACGCCAAAGGGGUGCUUCUCGUGGUAGCCACGUGCAACACUGAACUCAGUUUUGAAGAUCUGUGUGAGUUCGCUCCCACCUACGCUGUCCCCAAGAUCAACUACGAUGUCCCGAUUGAGGAUGUUCCCUUGCUAGUGGCGCAGGUCACCAGGUUCCCGUGUGGUUUCAUCACACUUGGAAUUGCCAUGUUUCGCGCUUUCCUUGACGGAACUUCACUUUCGAACUUCAUUAGCUCCUGGGCCAAACUCGCCAGAGGGGAGAGUUUAGAUUCCGGUUUGACUCCUUUGUUUGAUCGAUCGAAACUAGAUUCGUUCAAACUGAAUAAACCGCCGCGGUUUGAACAUCCCGAGUUUCUGCCACCGCCCCUUUGGACAAAACGCGAUGAGGUGAUGCAACAUGAACUGGGUACGGCCUUGAUGGUACUCACAAAAGGGCAAGUUCAGAAACUGAAGAAUAAAGCGAAUGACUUUGGAAGUGGGCAUGGUAAGGUUCCCGUACGAGGUUUUACCAGCUUUGAGGUCAUAAGUGGUCACUUGUGGAGGUGCAUGUGCAGGGUUCGUUAUUUAGGUGAUGCGUCUCAACCGACGAGGUUGAACACUUUGGUUAACUGUAGAAACCGUUUGAGGCCAUCUCUUCCCACUGCAUAUUUUGGCAAUGCAACAUUUCCUACUGUGACAGAAACUUGUUCCUUUGAUGACAUUAUGCAGAAACCUCUUGGCUAUGCUGUGAGGAAAGUGAGCGAAUCGAUUGAGAGAAUGCGUGAUGAGUAUGUUAGGUCUGCUCUUGAUUAUAUAGAACGUGUGGAGGACAUGGAUUUGUUCAGGGACACGUUUUACAACUCUGCUGGGAAAGGUAGAGAAGACCCUAAUGUGAAUGUGGUUGGUUGGGCCAAUUUUUCGUAUUUUAAGACGGAUUUUGGGUGGGGGAGACCUGUUAUUUUGCUUCCCGGGAACAUUAAUUCUAAUGCCAAGGCUUUCCUUUUGGACACUGCAAGUGGUGAUGGCUUCGUUGUAGCUGUUUGUUUGCGGAGAUCGUAUGUAGAUGCGUUGAAGAAGUUGUUCUUUGAGGAUAUAGAGAAGCAUGCUUCUAAAUUGUGAUAGAUGACAUGUAGUUUUAAAAAGAUUGUAUGUGUUCUUCUUUUAUAAAAGGGCACAAUAGAACUUGGUUGAACUUUCUUUGCAGAAAUCUGUGAUGAAAAUUUACAUCUUAACAGAAAAUUAGACGAGGCUUCUUUGUAUGAUUCUGUGUUUUGAUUAUCUAAGUGGUUUCCAGAAUUGAUUUCUGUGUGGAA